AUCAUCAUCAUCAUCACCAUCAUCAUCAUCAUGUUGCAGAUUGUAGAAAGGAUUUGAGUGUGCAGCCAGAGAGAAAGGGAUUAGAGAGAGAGAGAGAGAGAGAGCGCUGGAAGUUAAAUUGUGCUGCAUAUUAAAAAAAAAAAAAUGGGCGGAUUGGUCUCUAGAUGAGAGCUUGGUACCACCUUCCUUUCUAAAAUAAAAUCUCUCUGGCAUGAAGUCACAGCCUAUUUCACAUCCGGUUUACCCCGGGACGUACUACUACUGUCUUGGUAAAGAGCAAAGCUUUUUGUUGUAGAGCUGCGAUCUGAAUCCCAGGGAAGGAAAAUUUGGGUGUUAAAAAUCGAAGAGCGAAGCAGCAGCAGUAGCAACAGCAGCAGCGGCGGCGGCGGCGGCGGCAGAGUCCAUGAUGGCUGAGAGCGACUGAAUGAGUGAGAAGAGCAGCGGAGUCUUAGCCGCUCUAAGGCGCCCUUUACCUUCCAGCAGCCCCGGCUUUCUUGGGCGAUUCUCUCGGGCAGACUUUCCCAGUGCAUCGGCGAGGCUGUGCCCAGAAGGUCUCUAGCCUCCAAAAUCUACCAUGAAGAUGACGCAUCUUUUCUAUGACAGCCUUUGGGCCUGGGCUCUCCUCAUGAGUACACUCAGUGGAAGAAGCUAUGGACAAACUUCCUUACAAGAUGAAAUUAAGGACAACACAACGAUAUUCACCCGAAUUCUGGACCGUCUGCUUGAUGGUUAUGAUAACCGCCUGAGACCAGGAUUGGGAGAGCGUGUAACUGAAGUGAAGACUGACAUCUUUGUCACCAGCUUUGGGCCUGUUUCAGACCAUGAUAUGGAAUAUACAAUAGAUGUAUUUUUCCGUCAGAGCUGGAAGGAUGAAAGACUGAAGUUCAAGGGACCCAUGACAGUCCUCCGACUUAAUAAUUUAAUGGCCAGCAAAAUAUGGACACCUGAUACUUUUUUCCACAAUGGAAAGAAAUCCGUAGCUCACAACAUGACGAUGCCUAACAAACUCUUGCGAAUUACAGAAGAUGGGACACUACUGUAUACAAUGAGACUCACAGUAAGAGCAGAAUGUCCAAUGCAUUUAGAAGACUUCCCCAUGGAUGCACAUGCUUGCCCUUUGAAAUUUGGAAGCUAUGCUUAUACAAAAUCAGAGGUAAGAUAUGAAUGGACACGGGAACCAGCACAGUCCGUUGUGGUUGCUGAUGAUGGCUCUCGGCUGAACCAGUAUGAUCUUAUGGGACUAAAUGUGGAUUCUGAUAUUGUGCAGUCAAGUACAGGAGAAUAUGUGGUGAUGACUACUCAUUUCCAUUUGAAAAGAAAGAUUGGUUACUUUGUCAUUCAAACAUACCUGCCAUGCAUUAUGACAGUGAUUUUGUCGCAAGUGUCUUUUUGGCUCAACAGAGAAUCUGUUCCAGCAAGAACUGUGUUUGGGGUGACAACUGUGCUCACCAUGACCACCUUGAGUAUAAGUGCACGGAAUUCCCUUCCAAAGGUGGCUUAUGCCACUGCUAUGGAUUGGUUCAUAGCCGUGUGCUAUGCAUUUGUCUUCUCAGCGCUGAUUGAAUUUGCAACAGUAAACUACUUCACCAAGAGAGGUUAUGCAUGGGAUGGAAAGAGCGUUGUUCCUGAAAAGCCAAAGAAAGUGAAGGAUCCUCUCAUUAUGAAAAACAACUCUUUCACAGCACCAGCAACAGCAACCAGCUUCACCCCUAAUAUUGCAAGGGACCCUGGACUAGCUACCAUUGCUAAAAGUGCAACAAUAGAACCAAAAGAUGCUAAGCCUGAAACAAAACCUCCAGAACCCAAGAAAACUUUUAACAGUGUCAGCAAAAUUGAUCGACUAUCAAGAAUAGCAUUUCCUUUGCUUUUUGGAAUUUUUAAUUUAGUGUAUUGGGCUACUUAUUUAAAUAGAGAACCCCAGCUUAAAGAUGAUGCCCCUCCUCACUAACUCCAUUAACCAUCUAGUUUAUUCAGUCUCUUUUUGCACUGGGGAUUGCCUUUUGGUUUUAAACACACAGUAAUUCCCAUUUGCUUCAUUGCCUCUGUCUUAAAGAAAUUGAGAUUCCUUAUUUUAUAAAGUAAAUGUUUAUAUAUAUAUAUAUAUAUAUAUAUAUAUAUAUAUAUAUAUAUAUAACUCUAGGGCUGUAACAAUGUGAUAUAGACGCCUGAUUCUGAACCGUGAUACUGAACAAGAGAGGGAAAUGUAAAGAAGUCUAAAACCACUUGUAGAUAGCCUAUUGCUGAAUGUCCCCAUAAGAGAUGCUGUACAUGUCAGAACAGAAAUAUUUUUAUGCAAAAUGAUAGAAGGUAAAACAGUCUUUAUAUAUGUUCACGUUGCACAUAUAGUAUUGUACUUUCCAUUUUUGGAGUGCUGCUUCUUUUGAAUUCUUUUAUAGGAUAUACAUCUUUCCAGAAAAUACAAUAUUUUUCCUAGAUUUCUUUUUGCCUAAACUCCUAGCCACCAGUUUUAAAGUAUAUUAUAUUAUUUACAUAAAGAAAUCUUACUAAUGGUACAGGUUAACCUGGAAUAGCACAUUUGAUUCAUGAUAAAGAAUGCUUUAAUAUGCUCUCUCACUGCAGUCUUAUUUUUAAGCAUCCAGUUGUCACUUGACUUGAAAAUAUUAAAUCUAUUGCACAUUAAGUGCAGAGCUCUAAGUCCUUUUAACCUGUUAGGUAAAAACAACACUUGGAUGAUUUACAGGGUUCUUUUUGUUAGUUUUCAUUUUGUUUUAGGAAGAAGAAAAAACAACAUUCUGCAAGCUGUAGAUGUGUUGAAUGUAUUAUUUUUUAAAACGGUACAUUAAAAGCUUUAGACUGAAAAAAAUGUCUAGCAGAAAGACAAAACCUAUUAUUUCAAUAAUAUGUAAAUAUACAGCAUGAGAUUGUACAUUUUUUUACUUUUUUAUGUUCUUAAAACUAUUGUGUAGGGUUCACCUCUCAAAGCUCUUAAUAUGUUAUAUUUAAAAAGGAAACAUAUUUUAGAGUCUGCAGUUAAAAAAAAGUCAGUGGCAUUUGAAAGGAAAGGAAAGGGCAAAAAACUCAAGACACAGAGGAGAGCUUGGAACUAAUUCCAUUUGUAAAGUGGCAAUGUGUACAGUAGUUUGCAGUUUGAAACUGUCAUCCAGUGUAUACUAUUAGGCUAAUGAACUGGAAUGCUCAGGUAAUGCGUGAAUAUUAAAAUAUGGAAUUAUAUUUGGUAGGAAAAUGGUCAAAUAUUUAAGACAAAAAUCAUCUGUAUAUUAUUGCUAUAUUUGCUGAUACCUGUUAACAAUAAGUGAUGUAAUAUAUGUAGCAUUAAAUACAGAGAAAAAACAUACACAAAAGAAUGUACAGGAAAAUACAUUUUAUUGAGUAAACUUAUUACAUUUCAUUUUUACUGUAGCAAUAUAUUUGUAGGAACAAUAUGUAAGGGCUUUAAAUACAAGAUGUCCAUUUUGCAAGUUAUUAGUAUUCCCUUCAAAUUCAAUUGUAGCCAGUUUUAUUUCUGCUGAGAUCUUAUUUUAAAAUAUAUUAUAUAUAUAUAUAAAUAUAUAUCAAUUUUCAGAGAUGGAUAUUUUCAAAACGUUUGAGAGCCUGAGGGAUUUUGGGAAGCAUUAACACAGUGGUUCAGAAUCCAUAACACAUGGUAGUAAAUGCAUUUUAAAAACAAUGCUACAUGGACCUUCAAUUGAAAUAGCUAAUCAGAUAGUUUGAUAUCUAUACAUGUUACAGGCAAUGUUUUAUAUACUCUUUAUCAGUAAAUCAAAAGGUUGCUGCUCACUUAGUAUCUACAAAAUGAAAUAGUUAACUUUUUCUUUAGAAAAGGGGACUUUUUAAAAACUAAUGCUUCAUUGUCUACCAUUUAGUCCUGUCUAAACUUGAUGAGCUAAUCUGAUUGGAGCUUACUAAAGAGGAUGUGUAAUCUUCUGGUAUUAUGUGUAGAUAUGUGUAUAGAAAAACAAAAUAAAAUACAACUCUUUAACUUC